AUGGGAGACGAGCCGUACCCAGAAUGCCGAGCGCAGGAGCUGUUUGACGAGUUUGUGUCGGCAGAGACCUGCAGGGCGGCUCUGCGGUCCUUCAGCCAGCUGUGUGAACAUCUGCAGCUGGACCGGAGCACCACGGAGCGCCCGCUGUACCGACCAAUCAAACACCGGCUCAACUACUGGCGGGCCAACGCGCUGUGGGUCAAACUGGACCGCCGCGCGGCGCACAGGGAGUACCAGAGGGGCGGAGCCUGCAGCAACACCACCUGUGUGAUCGUGGGGGCGGGCCCGUGUGGUCUGCGGACGGCAGUGGAGCUGAGCUUUCUGGGAGCUCGGGUGGUGCUGCUGGAGAAACGAGACUCCUUCUCCCGGAACAACGUGCUCCACCUGUGGCCCUUCACCAUCCACGACCUGCGCGGCCUCGGCGCCAAAAAAUUCUACGGGAAGUUCUGCGCCGGCUCCAUCGACCACAUCAGUAUCCGUCAGCUGCAGCUGGUGCUGCUAAAGGUCGCCUUACUGCUCGGGGUCGAAGUCCAUGUCAACGUGGAGUUCAAGAAGCUGGUGGAGCCGCCAGAAGAUCAGCAGAGACGCAAGGUGGGCUGGAGGAUGGAGGUGAGUCCCAAGUCUCAUCCUCUCAAUCAGCUGGAGUUUGAUGUCAUCAUCGGAGCGGACGGACGCAGGAACACGCUGCCAGGUUUCCGGCGUAAGGAGUUCCGAGGGAAACUGGCGAUCGCCGUCACCGCCAACUUUAAGAACCGGAACACGACGGCCGAGGCCAAGGUGGAGGAAAUCAGCGGAGUUGCUUUCAUCUUCAACCAGCGGUUCUUCCAGCAACUACGGCAGGAAACAGGGAUCGAUCUGGAGAACAUUGUUUAUUACAAAGACGACACGCAUUACUUUGUGAUGACUGCAAAGAAACAGAGUCUGCUGCAGAAAAGAGUUAUUAAACAGGACUUUGCGGACACGGCGCUGCUUCUCUCCAGAACCAACGUGGACCAGAAUGCAUUGCAGGCGUGACGCGAGGCCGCCGACUUCUCGACCAAUCAUCAGCUGCCUUCCCUGGACUUUGCGGUGAACCAGCGCGGCCAGCCGGACGUGGCCAUGUUCGACUUCACCUCCAUGUACGCCUCGGAGAACGCCGCCGCGGUGCGCCGGCGCCACGGACACCAGCUGCUGGUCACGCUGGUGGGGGACAGCCUGCUGGAGCCCUUCUGGCCGAUGGGAACAGGUAUAGCUCGAGGGUUUCUGGCGGCGUUGGAUUCAGCCUGGAUGAUCAGACGCUGGAGUCAGGGAGCCGCUCCGCUGGACGUCCUGGCAGACAGAGAGAGUCUGUACCGUCUCCUCCCUCAGACAACUCCCGAGAAUCUCCAGAAGAACUUCAGUCUGUUUACAGUUGACCCGACAACCAGAUACCUGAACACCAAGCUGCUGCUGACCACACCUGACCAGGUGAGACACCUGGUGGACACAGGGGAGGGGGCUGGGCAAAAUUGUGACAUCAUCCGCCUGCCGUCCCCCCACAGCUCUCUCUCUCAGUCCAAUCAGCUGCUGACCUGGUGUCAGGAGCAGACCUGUGGUUACCGUGGCGUUGCCGUUAACGACAUGACGACUUCCUGGAAGAGUGGGCUGGCUCUCUGCGCCCUGAUUCACCGAUACAGACCAGAUCUCAUAGACUUUGACUCUCUGGAUGAGUCCUGUGUGGAGGCUAACACUCGCCUGGCAUUGGACUUGUCUGAGCGUUACUUUGGGAUCCGUCCCGUGAUGACGCUGGACGAGAUGUGGUCUGACUCUCUCUCUGUGGUGAUGUACCUCAGCCAGUUCUACCAGCUGCUCCGAGACACAGCACCCCCCACAGGUGUUCUGAGUCAGAGCUCUGAUCUGAGAUCAGCUGUCAUCACUCCGGCCUCACUGCUCAGCAGACUGAGGGACACGAAGGAUCAGAGAGAAGCUCUGAAGAGGAGGAGGAUGAGUCAGCAGUCAUGUGACCUGAACGGUGAUGAUGUCACACCGGUGUUUGACGAGACGUUUGUGGGCGGGUCCAGAGUGCGUCUGAUGGCCAAUCAGCUGCAGGCGAAGCUGGACGAGAGCUCCACUUCCUGCAGGAGUUCUUCUUCUUCUGCUGCUGCUGCGUCUUUACAUCGACAGGGGGAGCUGUUGUCAGACUGUCCAUCGGCUGCAGCUGUGAGUCAGACGCCAUCAUGGAUGCCGAGGAAGAGGACUCUCCAACAGGAGCAGCUGAGUUUUCGGUUCAGAGAGAAGAUCAAGUCUCAGACUUCCAUCCCUCAGGAGGACCAGGGGGCUGUCUGCAGCGCGGUGUGUUUCUUCUGCCAGCAGCGGGUCUAUCUGAUGGAGCGUCUGAGUGCUGAGAGUCUCUUGUUCCAUCGCAGCUGUUUCCAGUGUUCCCAGUGCAGCAGCACGCUGAGACUGGGAGGCUACAGCUAUGACCAGCACACCAGGAGGUUUUACUGUCUGCAGCACGCCACGGCGAGGAAGAGGUCCAGCACGUCCGACAUCGCCACGGCUCACCGACCCGACAUCGCGUCUCUGGGUUCAGCCUCUACGGUCUCGGCUCAGCGCCGGCGCUCUUCAGUGGCUUCUGUGAUGGCCGAGCCACCGGAGACAGUCAAGCCGGAGAACCGUCGCCGCAGCUCAACGAAGGUGGAGGCGGGGCUUAUAGAGGAGGCGGAGCUUAUAGAGGAGGCGGAGCUUAUAGAGGAGGUCGAAGAGGAAACGCUGGACCGGUUCAACCUGAGCGUGGAAGAGAAACACAGAUACAGUUCAGAGUCGGAGAUGGAGGAAGAAAAAGAAGAGGAAGAGAAAGAUGAAGAAGAUGAAGAAGCGGAAGGCCGACAUUGUGUGAGUUUAGAGGAGGCCGGAGCUUCAUGGAGGGAAACUCUGCAGCAAAACCUCCAGCUGAGAGACGACGAAGACGAAGAGGAAGACGAUGAGGAUGAGGAUGAGGAAAAUGAUGAGGAAGAUGAUGAGGAAGAAGAUGAUGAAGAGGAUGAUGAAGAGGGAGACAGUGAGGAGGAGUCCAGUGAUGAAUGUUCUCCGAGCGUCUCCUCGUCAGCAGGAAGUGACCUCCCACGCUGUGACCUCACGUCCUCGUCCCCCCCCGAGACACCGUCCACGGCGUCCUUCGUCACGGCGACAGACUCGGACGGAGACAGAGAUCCGCCCUCGCCUGCGGUUGUAAUGGAAACGGGUACUACCGGAGGUCGGGGCUCUUUCGAUGACGUCAGCCCCGAACUGCCGCCGAAGAAGCAGGGCAAGGGGGCGGGGCCAGAGAGGGAGGGGGCGGAAAAGAGAGAGGGCGGGGCCAGAGCGCUGUGGCGGACGGUGUUUUCUGGAAACAGAAAAGACGAGAAGAAGAAGAGGGCCAGGACGUUACCUCCGUACUCGUCCAAUCAAAGGAGAGCUACAGAUGGAGAGUCUGAUCUGGACUCGUCCGCUCUGCUGCAGAGAUGUUCACUCAGACCCCAAAACAACAAAUGCUCUCUGAAGGACAGAGUCCCCCUGAAGGACUCCGUCUCAUCCUGUCCCACAGAGGUUUUGGGAGUCCUGGUCCCGCCGAAGGAGCCGUCCAGUCUCAGCGUGAUGGAGACCCUGUUCCACACGGUACCAGAGCAUGAAGAUGAAGACCUGGAUGCCAAAAUCACCCGACGAGUUCAGAGAGCUGCUAGGAGAAAGGCCAAACAGGAACAGCUAAAAAGACUCCACAAAGCUCAGAUGAUCCAGAGAGAGCUGCAGCAGGUGGAGGAGAAACAGAGGCAGCUGGAGGAGAGAGGAGUGAUGGUGGAGAAAGCUCUGAGAGGGGAAGCAGAUUAUUGGGGAGACGCCAGCGACAGCCAAGACACCGAGCUACACCUGGAAGGAAUGGGGAAACUGGAGAAUUCGGCUCUGAUGCAGCAGUGGUUCCAGCUGGUCCAGCAGAAGAACUCUCUGGUCCGAUACGAAUCUGAACUCAUGAUAUUUGCUCAAGAGUUGGAGUUGGAGGACCGCCAGAGUCGCCUGCAGACGGAGCUCAGAGAGCGGAUGGCCGUGGACGACCACCUGAAGGAGGAGUGGCAGCUGCUAGAGGAGCGUCUGAUCCUGGAGGAGAUGCUGGAUGUGGUGGAGCAGAGAGACGCUCUGGUGUCUCUGCUGGAGGAACAGAGACUGCAGCAUUGGCAGGAAGACCAGGACCUGGAGCGACUCAGCUGGGCCUGAACCGCAAAUCUCAACUCUCUGUGAGACUGAACAGAACCAGAACAACAUGCAGGAGGUAGUACCACUGCCUUAAUGAACGACAGCAGACAGUCAUCAGCGAAUGGUUAGAGCUCCACAGUUUGGUUCCUGUUUUCUCCAGAAGAAUUUUGAUAAUUAAUGUCUGACGUUGCAAAGAAACUCCCGCACACUGUUUAACUGUCUUUCUGUCCAACAAAAAAUAUAUAAAGUUUAAUAGUAGGCAACUCAGCUGCACCUGAACUAAGACUGCAGUGAUGUCAUAACAAUUGCAAUUCUGAACUCUUUACGAGACUGAAAAGAACCAGGACAAGAUGCAGAAGGUAGCAUCGUAGCCUUUAUGAGCGACCGCAGACUGUCAUCAGCGUAAAGUCGGAGGUUUUGUUUCAGCAUUGGAGGGGGGGGGACGGACACAUUAUAACCGGUGGGCUCUGGGGGUCUUCACCCAGAAAAGUUUCAGCGUCAAACACGUAAUUUUUACGACACUUUAAGAAAGAAAUCCGUAAAAUAACAGAAAAGUUCUGGCAGCUCAGAUAAGAAACGGAAAUGAUGUGUAGCUACAGUAAAAAUACAGAAGUAAGGCCUGUUAUAUAGCAUUUUCUCAUACAAAGCUGCUCAGUUAGUAAACUUUUUUUUUCCAAAAAUGUGAACGCCCACAUUUCUUGUCAGAAAACAGACCAAUCAGGAAACAUUUCUGCAGCCUUCCGAUCCAAACAGACGCAGCGUUGUUUGCUUCGUUCCUCAUUGGCCAAAUUGGCUCUUAACUUUAAAAUGUUACCUGCCAAAGUUACAUUUUUACCCAUAUUUGGUGGGUUGGCGGGUGUCAAUUUAAAGCCCUGAGGGAACAUGUCCCGCAUGUCCUGUUUUACCAAAAAUAAAUGAGGUACAAAGCUUUAUUUUGAGCUUUUUUCCACCGAUGUCAUGCAUGCUGCAGUCCCGCCUCUCAAACACAGAGACACACCGAGCCGUCUCUGUGUAACAUUACCAAGUUACUUUA